UCUUAUGCCGUGCCUCGCCAUCGCAGCCUCCCUCCUGCUCUUUGCUAUCGAAGGCGGCAUCCCGUUAAGCAGCAAUCUGGAUGUAUUCUUAUUUCGCCCGGCCCUUCCACUGUUUGUUGUCGACGCACCUCUCUUCAGCCUCUUACAUCGAUUCCUACUAACUUGCACUCAUCUCACGCUAUUUCUCCCACGAAUUCUCUACCCAACACCACUACCAGAAAGGCUAUGCGCUGUGUCUGUCGCCCUGAUGAUGGCACUAUAAGUUUAGACCUCUCCUCGCCGCUUUCAUCUUUAUUGCCUCAGACGCCUUCGCUUAACACUACAUUGGACUGCAUACGAUGUCGCCGACAUUCAACCACCGUUACACGUAGUCCAGUCGAUUCUUCUGUCGACACCGAUCCUUUGCAUCACCCUGAGAGUGGCCUAUCAAUGAACUCUACAAGCUCUAAUGCUAGACAACCUGAACGGCGAAUGCCUAGCUUCCGAAGACCCUAUGUUCAGGGUUAUCAAGACACGCCUUCUAAACGAGUUAUAGCGUCUUCGGCACUUGCUUCUCAACAUUGCAGGUUUUUUUGCAGUCGAAGGUUCAUUCCCAUCGUAACCAAGUUAUCAGCCAGGUCGACCGAUAUCGACUCAGAUUCAUAUUCUUGGGAUAAGAUAGAGCUUGGGAAUUCAUGUUGUGCUCAGCCAAAGUGGCCUUCGCGACAGCUUCGUAAGGGUAUCGCAGACCUGGCCUCUGUUCGAGCAAUUCUGAUCAAAUCAGGCCCACCUGCUGACGUGCGAUUGCGCCACGAUCCAGUCGCAUUAUUUCAUGCCUACUCACGAGUAUGGCGAACUACAAAUGGUCGUCCAGCGUUCGGUGAAACCGCAGGACAUCGGGCUCUCAGAUGGCGUAUUCGUGAGGCUAUGUUGCGCCAGCAGGUGCCCUUUUUUCCCCCCCGCCCCUUUUUAGUAACGCAUCACCAGCAUCGACAUUGUUGUCAGAAGACUCCUAGUCUGUCUGCUAGAUCCUCUCCAAAAGUAACACGUAGGCACCAGGUCGACAAGCAUACAAAGAACACUGAGUGCAGUCUUCAUAACUCACCUGAAUGCUAUUGCCUUACUAGGGAAGAAAAUUGGCGCUGCUGCCACUCACCCUACUCGACUGGUAAGCUCCUCUAUCCAUGUCGCCUUUAUCUAUCAUAA